CCUUCGAAUCUUCGAUCCUCAAGUCAUCGAAUCUUUUUGUUGCCUCAGGUCUUCAUUUCUACUUUUAAUCCCUUUCCCCAAACACUGAAGAACCUCAGCCGACAACCAUGGCUUCCUUUACCUCCCUGAAAAGUUCCUCACCGUUGAUCCACCGUCUCUCCUUGAUCCAUCAACGGCUCCAAAUCCGUCAAUCCUCCUCGUUGCCGCUGAUCAAUUCUUCAAACAUCAAAUCUAAUGAUAAAGAGGACUCCGUUUCCAGCUCUUUUCUGAAAUGGAUCUCGACGAUCGCAAUUGGUUCGAGCUUAGGCUUAGUUUGCUGGUAUUCUGUUUCAGCUUCCGAUUCGAGUUCUGGUUUUUUCAAUAAACGUUUUUUGUCUUUCGCUGAUUGGUCCAAGGAAACUGCUGGAUCUGCUGUUGACGGUUCAGAAAACGCAUUUCGUAAACUAUCACUCCCUAGCUAUAGCUCUAAGUUCAUUUUCGGAGAGGAGUAUAGAAGAAAGGUUUUCUUUAACUAUGAGAAGCGGUUAAGAUUGCGGAGUCCACCUGAGAAGGUUUUUGAGUAUUUUGCCUCAGUUCGAACUUCAGAAGGAGAAUUACUCAUGACACCGGCUGAUCUAAUGCGGGCAGUUGUACCUGUUUUUCCUCCUUCUGAAUCCCACCUUGUUCGAGAUGGAUAUUUGACAGGGGAAAGGAGUCCGGGCGAGCUACACUGUGAUCCUUCGGAACUUUUCAUGCUUUUUGAUACGGACACUGAUGGACACAUCUCUUUCAAGGAGUAUAUAUUUUUCAUAACAUUACUGAGCAUCCCCGAGUCAAGUUUUUCCAUAGCGUUCAAAAUGUUUGAUACAGACAACAAUAAGGAGAUUGAUAAGGAAGAAUUUAAGAAAGUGAUGGCUUUGAUGCGAGCUAAUAACAGACAAGGGGCAGUCCACAGGGAUGGGCUUCGCACUGGGUUAAAAGUUACUGGUUCUGUGGAAGACGGAGGUCUGGUUGAGUACUUCUUUGGAAAAGAUGGAAAUGCACGCCUUCAACAUGGUAAAUUUGUUGAAUUCAUGCGAAUGUUGCAGGAUGAGAUGCUGAGAUUGGAGUUUGAUCAUUAUGACUACAAGGCCCGAGGAAGCAUAUCAGCCAAGGAUUUUGCUUUAUCGAUGGUUGCUUCUGCUGAUAUGAGUCAUUUAGAUAGGUUACUUGAGCGGGUUGAUGAACUAAACAAUGAGCUAAAUCUUCGGGAGAUUCGGAUCAACUUGGAUGAAUUCAAACAUUUUGCUAAGCUACGUAGAAAAUUGCAGCCAUUUUCGUUGGCUGUUUUCAGUUAUGGGAAAAUUAAUGGUCUACUGACAAAGGAUGACUUCAAACGAGCAGCAUCUCACGUCUGCGGCAUAUCACUUACAGACAACAUUGUCGAGAUCAUCUUCCAUGUGUUUGACACCAAUCGUGACGGGCAUUUAAGCUCAGAUGAGUUCGUUAGAGUUUUACUUAAACGAGAACGGGACAUUGCUCAACCUGUCGAGUCAGGAAUACUUGGACUUCUAUCUUGUUGCUGGCACUGUUCAAAAAAUAGCUCCAUUGGGCAAGUGAUCACCUAAUCUAUCUCCAUAUAACCUAAAUGGUUGAAACCAUUCUAUCUGUCGUUGUCGGCUGGACUUGAUACUUGCGAGUUGAAGCUGGGAAAUUAGCUCACAGUGCUAUAUAGUGGGUUAGUUAACCUUGCGGCUAUGUCCGAUCUCCUAACCGCAUUGUGCCGGUCAUUAACUGAUCUGGGUACAUCUGCAGAAAGAUCUAGUGAUUGAUAUCUCUUUGACAUUAGAAGCAGAUGCAAAAUCACGGUAAGAUGUUGGUGCGAGUUAGUUUUUAUGUUCUACAUUACCUGGAUAUGUUACUGAAUACUUAUAACCCCGUUUUGGGUUCCCUUUAUGUA